AUGUGGUUAAAUAGUCGCAAUCUCUCAGGAGACGACGACAGCAACACUACACGCGAUGACGUGUGGGGCUUUACCGGCUCCAGUCAAAGUGCAUCGCACGGGUCUAUCGGUGCCUCUGUCUCUCGUACGCUAUGGAACCGCAUGGAACCAGCUGAAGAAGAGCGAGAGGAAGAAGCUCUGCCACCGUAUCUUUCGUACCUACAGCCGGCGUUCCGUCCAACACUUACAACGCCCACAACGCUCGGGACAAGAGCAUCACCGUCCGUAGAGUUUUACACACCGAACUGUGGCGCUUCCGAGCUGUCAACAGCGUCUCUGCAGAAUCCACAGAGUGCGCUCGAAGCUCUUGAAGUGAGACAAGUGACUUGCAAGAGCUCAGAGCUGGCACAAGCUCUGGAACGUCUCGUCCUUGGCUCGGUCCAACGACAUGCUAGAAACGUGGCGGCAAACAGUUCACAGACCAGAUGCAAAUGUUUGUGUAGCUCAAUGCAAUUGCAGCUGCAAGAGAUGGCGAGACAGGUGCAGACAUUGCAGAAUCAGGUGCUGGAGCUGACCAAGAACACAACUUCGACGGCCAUUGAUGUCGGUAGGGCCAGCAGAUGGAGUGCUAACGCACCACCUUUUUUGCCAAAACAACAGCAUUACAAACAGCCACCCCCGCCACCACCCCCUUCUGCUGUGGACCAGUCGACCGUGACGGUAUUGAGUGAUAGAAUCUCAACGUUGGAAGGACGACAGAGUGCAUUUCAGUCGCAGUUGGCACAGAUAGCAAAGGUUUUGGGGAUUUCUGUUGGGAAACAGGGGAAACACAGUCCAGUAAAGCAUUUGGUGCAGACGCUGCGUGAUGAAGUAGAUAUAAAGGUGCAGGAGGCUCGAACAGAUCUGAUGGAGGAAAUUAGGAUUGCAUUAAGAGAUUUUGGAGCGGGCGACAUGAGGAAGGACAAGCAACAGGCUGUAUCUAUGAAUACGGUUCUCGAAGCGUUGGCAGGUGAGCAUGAGGCGUCCUUGGCACGGCUAAGCGGAUCGUUUGAAAAACUGCUGGCGGAGGAGGCACGGCAGCGAGCGGCACUGGAGGCUCGCGUUCGAUCCCAGCUAGCGCAGCAAGAAGAGUGGCUACAGCAGCUCGAGGGGGCUUUUGGAUCGUCUCACGACCCGAAACAUGACCAGGACUUCGGACGCAAAGACUUGAAAGCUGUUGACAGCAAACUUGCAGCACUGGAACGAAGGUGCGAAGAAAGCCGUGAGUGUUAUAAGCGUCUAGCUCGAUUACUUCCGGAUGCAACAAGUGCCAGACUUCUAUUGAAACCUGGAGAAGAAGCAGACGACGAAGAAGAGGAUGGGCUGCGCUGGCCUAGCUAG